UAAAUUAUGUGUAUUGUUAAAUUCAGCUUGCGGUCACACUGUCACUUGCUUCAAGCGCUAAAAUUCCAAUGAGGCACAAGUUAAUCAAUUCGAACAGCGUCGGAUCAAUAUGGAAGAGCAAGGAUUGUUAAGUUAUGUGAAAAAAAUGGUACACUCCUUAAUCGUUUCAACGCCACAGGAUAUGACUGUGGAACAAUUGAAACGUGAUUAUAUUAACGUAGACGGAGUUCCUCUACCCUUUAGCAAGCUGGGCUUUAAAGACGUUGAAAGCUUUUUGCGUUCUAUUCCUGACACUGUUUCUGUAAGAGGAUGUGGUCCUAUGGCUCUAUUGGUGGCCAAGAAAAAUGAGAAAUCGGCCCACAUUCAAAGUUUGGUCCAAUGCCAAAAGAAGCCAAGUGUAAAAGCGCGCAAACAAAUUUGGUCAAGAUAUCCUACCGAACGAUCAGAUCUUGUCUUCGUGAAUGAGAAGUCGAACGCAAGCAGGCCAGUUUACAAUAAUAAUCGAGGACGACGAAGCUAUGCGACCAACAAAAACAACUACAACUCAAGACAGGUGCAUCAACGACCUUCGACAAACUCAAUCGCAAGUUCGCUUAAGAAGGUCUCUAUUGCAAAUGUCGAAGAAGAAGACAAUGUCAAACAUUGCAUGCCCGAUAAUAAGGAGGAUAUUAAGCCCAUUAUUUCUGAUCAUACGGACAAAAAUGACAAUAAUUUGGAUAAAAAACCAAUUGCAACUUAUCACACAGAAUAUAUAUCAUCGGACGAAGGCUGUGAUGAAGAUGCCCUUCCAGCGUAUGCUGUGGAUGACCAAAUUCGAAAUUUAAUUGUAAACGAUAACGAUUUCGAUGUGAAACCCGAAAUUAGAACUGUAUUAAUAGAGCCCAAAAAAGAGCCCGUCGACAAAUACGUAUCCUCCGAUGAUGGUAACGAUGAGGAAGCCAUACCGGGAUAUGCUGUGGAUGACCGUGUCUUAAAAGUGGACUAUCCAACGGAUGCUGUUCGUUAUGAUUUUGUACUGCCAGUUCGCGACAUCAAUAAGAGACUUAAGCUAGAUGAUCGCAUUCGAGUGAAGCUUGUGUCGGUAUCAAGUCCACACAGCUUCUUCUUUUGGAUACAGGACGAGGAGUACGAUACCUACAAAGCAAUGGCAAUUAAUAUGCAAUUCUAUUAUAGAGACAUAGAUAUGAAAAAAUACACUAUUCCAUUGCACCUUGUUAUGCCUGGACAUUUGGGAGCCAUUCACACCAGGGGAACUUUCUGGCAGCGCGUUCGUGUGCUUGCUGUGAAGAUGGGCCAUCCAAUGAAUAUUGAGGCAUGUGUAAUAUUAGUUCUUUGUAUUAUACAAAUGUAA